AAUAAAAAAUAACCGGCGCCCGUUGCUUAGGUUGGGAAAGAAGCCCUUCUCUUCAGCCCCACGAGCCUAGACUCUCUCUUCGCCCUUUCUGUCGCCAUCUCCGGGAGGCAUGGCUGACACCUUGAGGAGGUUGAUCAACAACGAGACCUGCAGGGUUUUGCAGGAGAAGCUGGAAAGUUGGUAUAAAGACUAUUAUAUUAACUCAUGUAAUAAAAAUUUGACACUGUGCUGUGAAAUCAUGGAACUGAACGCCAUGAUUCAGGGACAGCUGUUUUCGAUUCUCAAUCAAGCUUGUCAAGAAGGUGGCCAUUAUGAAGGUAUGGAAAUAAUAAAAUCUCGUCUCCUCCCAUGGUUGGGUACUUGCUUUUCUAGCCCUUCUUCUGGAACCACCCUGGACACAUGUUCUUCUGUAUUACAGGAAUCUCUUGAGAAAGACCGACUGCUGAGGGAAUUAAGCAGCGUUUGGAGCUUCGAAGUCGAGCAGCUGGAAAAAGAAUUGAGCACCACACGGUUGCAGCUGAGUUUGAUGCAACAAGAUCUGACAAAAUCUCAGCUGGCUCUUGAAGACACAAAGACCAAAUCAGCCACUACUCUUUUGGCAGCAGAAGAUGAAAUUGUUCAGCUAAAAACAGACCUAAAAGCUUCUCGGGCAAAAUCAGAUUGCACUUUGGAGAAUCUAGAACAGCUGGAUGAGUACGAGAAUCGGCUUCAAACGUUGAAGGAUGAAAUUGCUAUCCUUCGGGCUGAGAAGUCUCUUCUUCAAAGCAGACUUGCCCGAAGUCGGUCUUCUUCUCCAAGACUUGCCCGAAGUAGAUCUCCUAGUCCACUUUCAGUACGAAAUUUUUCGCCCAGCCGGGGAAGACCUAACCAUGCUUUACGCCACGCUCGUCUUGUGGAACGUUUCAAUGACGCUUAUUCUCAGGAACGCCUAAACGCUCAAACCCUCUUGAGGAGCUACACAGAUGAUCUGGAAACGGUGCAGAGAAUAAUCUAUACAGCUGUUGUGGAGUCCUUCUAUGCAGCAAAGAAGGCCUUCAGACAGUUCAAAAUGCGUGUUAGAAAGACACUGUCCCUCAGUUAUUCAGGGCCUGAACCACUUGAAGAUAUGGUGAUGGACUAUAUAAUUCGUCAGGAAGAUCUCUAUGAUGUUCAGUCCAGCGUCAGUGAAGUCAUCCGUGCACUGAACAUCAGUCCCAAGAUUUCUGUCCCAGGAGUUGAUUUCAUCAUGAUUAGUAGUUUAAUACGAGAGUUGUGCCGGAUAGCUUUUUCCAUGCAGACUCUUGAUCCUCCCCUUGACGUUGCUUUUGGUACAGACGGAGAGCUGUUCAGCGAGUACAAAUACCGUCGCAGCUAUGACUCUGAUUUCACAGCUCCACUGGUGGCUUACCAUGUCUGGCCAGCUCUGAUGGAAGAGGAUUCAGUGGUUGUGAAGGGAGAAGCUGUAACUAAAAGAGGUGCUCUGUUGUCUUCCAGGAGCAGAAACAGGAGCCACAGUCGCAGCCGUAGUGUUAGCCCUCUGCCUCGUGGUACAGGCUACUCUCGGCAUUUGGUAAAGUAA